GGCAAAUCGUUACUAUCGUCCAUUUUUCCUGACACGCGCAAUGGAGAAGGUAAGGCCAUUUUGUUCGGAGGUUCGACGUGGCGGACGGAUUGAGAGCCGUACUGAGGAUCGAAAUGAUUAUCCUAACCGUAUUACCACUGGUGCUGGCGACACUAGGUACAUAUUUCACACAUGCAGAAGUUUUGCUAUCCACAAAUUCAUAUUUGUCGGUGGCUGACAAAGCCCGUUUGAAAAAUAUCCUUGAGCCAGGAUUUCAGUUACAAGAUGUACCCACUGUAUACUAUGCUGUUAGUGGAUAUAAGUUUCUUGGAGAAGCUAUACCCAAAACAGAUGCUAUCUGUAAGUAUUUAAUAAAGUCCAAUGAGGAGAAUAUCACAUCUGAAACAGCAUUCUAUCUGGCUUCUACAUGGAAAGCUAUUGCAGACUGCCAAGAGUUUUCUACAGGUACUCUGACAAAGGUAUUGACAAAUACUAUCCAGAAGGAUACUUCUACUCUGUCUGAUUUAUAUUAUGCUGUAAGUGGCUUAACAGCUCUGUCACAGAAAGUACCUACUGCCAGAGUUGACAAAUUAGUCAAACAAAUACAAGCAGCUUUGCGAAAAGAUGAUGGUUUGUGGAACUUGGGUUACACAUUCCAUAUCGCUGCGGACAUAGGCACUCCAGCUACAUUUGCUUUCGACCGUAUUGAGGAUGCUGUAGUGCAAGCCGACGAAGUGGAUGGCCAAUACCUGCAGUUUGAGGGUGGCCUUUCCAUCACAAGUUUCCUUGUCAAUGGUAUUCACAAAUUAUCGACUUCAUUGAACAAAAAACCACCAUUGAACUUCCAACAGACUGUCAAAUUCUCUAAUUAUAUUCUCUCACGGCGUUCCGUCCAGACAUCGAAGGGUGUUACAAACUUGCUCUCUGCUUUAACUACUUUGGCUGUUGAUAGUGCUGAGAAGCCUGUUUGCAUAACUUUGGCUGAUGGAGGAAACAGUAUUUCUAACCUGCAACCGUUAGUCACAGUCAAGGUUUGCGAUAUUCUUGAUCAAGCACUGCCAACUGUACCUAAGGUUGUUGCAAACUCCGCCACGAAAGUAGGAGACGAUGUCGUUAUCUUGAGUAAGGAAAAUUUGCAGCAGCAUCCAAAUGAUAAGACUCUAUUCACUAUGAACCUCAUGAGUGUUAAGCCUGAUCGCGGUUUUUAUAAAAUCUCUAUAACCGCAGCGUCUGUUACAAAUUUGGUUACCGUGAAAGUCUUAUCUGAAACGAUAUUGGAUUACUUGGAAAUCGGUACUGGCGAUGCUGAUCAAACUACUCAACCGAAACUUACAAGAAUAAAUACAGAAUCCCUUUCGGGUAAACUCGAACACAAGAUAGAAGCUGACUCUCAGCAAAAACUAGUCAUGCGAUUUUUGCUUCGAGAUUCCGCUAAUAAAAAACCAAUGCGUGUACAUCAAGCUUUUGUACGUUUGACGUCGGUUGCCGAGUCUACCGAUAACAAACAAAGCGGCCAUGAAAUCUUUUUUGUUGCUGAGCCUGAUACUGCUCAUGUCUAUAAAUUCGAUAUGCCAGUGGGAACAGCAGCUAUGAAUUUCGGUCAUCAGAGUGGUGAUUAUGAUAUAGAAUUGAUUGUUGGCGACGCAGUGAUCAGCAAUCCAUUCCGUUUCAACAUCGGCACGGUGACUUUGAAGUUCCCUGAGGUGACAUCAAUGGAAGGUACUGAUAAGAAUACCCCUUACAAGCAGAGGCCAAACGUGUAUACUACCAAGCCGGAGAUAAAGCAUAUGUUCCGUGAACCUGAACGUAGACCUCCUGCUUUUGUAUCGAAUUUGUUUACGGGACUUUGCUCGUCGCCGGUCGUGCUGUUGCUGAUCUUGUGGGCUCGACUGGGUAUCAAUAUUUCGAAUUUCCCGUUAUCUCCCAGCGCGAUUGCAUUUCACCUUGGAUUAGGAGGUAUCUUCGUACUGUUUGGUAUCUUCUGGCUGAAGCUCAACAUGUUCGUCACAUUGAAAUGUCUUAUCGCUCUGGGCGUCGUUACAUUCCUUGCUGGCAAUAAAAUGCUGUUUCACAUAGCGCACAGGAAUACGUUGCAACGUUGAGAUAGUUUGGACGCUUGGACGUGCAAAGACUUUGAAUAUCGUAUCGCAGUUGCGAUUGACAAUGCAAGGAAGUGCAUAAUAGAUAAAAGACUCAUCAGUUUCAAGUGGCCGAUACAUAGUCAAACGUUGUUGAAUUUUUUUUCUUUUUCACUUGCCGCAGGUGUAUAUAGAGUACGAGGUAUCGUAUUUUGUUUAUUACAUUUCUUUAUUAUUGUCCAACGGUAUGAGAAGAUAUGUCGAGAACUUUGUUUUUAUUUUAUAUUCGCGUCAGCGACUUACAGACUUGCCAAUGAUGACUAGAAUUAUAUUCUAGCUUGCAAAUUUAAACUUCAGUUCUGGAAAGCACGAUAAUAGCGACUUUCUAAAGAGAACCAUCUCUACAUAUAUAUAUAAUCCUUUUUCUAUAUCAUUAUAUUUUAAAUAAUAAUCACAAAGUAAAGAGCGAAUAAAAUAGUAAAUGCUAAGUUUUGCGUUUAUAUUUGGAAUAAGUAAGUUAUGUGAAAAUUUAUAUAUAUAUAUAUAUAUAUAUAUAUAUAUGUGUGUGUAUGUUAAUAAUGAUGGCUGCCACUACGAUUGCAAUAUCUUGCUUGAUGAAAUAGUCAUUGAGUUUGCAGCUGUAUUAAAACGUGAUGGAAUAUAUUUGUUUCACAGGG